AUGUGGCGAAGAGUAAACGCACUGAGCGGUAAAAGGAGACAAAACGGUUUCUCCCUCAUGGCAAACGGGAAUUUAAUCGUUAAUCCAAUAGACAUAGCCAACGAGAUCGGCAAAUACUUCGAAAGCCUCUCGUCUAACGAAUCCCUUCCUAGCACUUUCAUGAAGCAAAAAAUAGAAUCUGAAAUCACCCCCACCUCAUUCGUACCAAACUCGAGACAAGCAUACAAUCAACCCUUCUCGGCUACCGAACUAGCAGCCGCACUAGGAGCGGUACGCAGUAAAUCAGCAGGCAUCGAUGACGUCAGCUACCCUUUACUCAAACAUAUGCCCCCAGUAGGAAAACGAGCACUAUUAGAUGCCUUCAAUCGAAUCUGGGAAGGCUCUCCCAUACCGGAUGCUUGGAAAAUCGCGGUAGUAAUCCCCAUCCCCAAAAGAUGCCAAGGAGUCAGAUCUCCAAGUGACUUUCGUCCAAUCAGCCUCUUACCUUGUUCCGCAAAAAUCAUGGAAAGACUCGUCAACCGCCGUCUGACUACCCUCCUUGAAAAACGUAACUUAUUGGACCGCCGACAAUUCGCAUUCCGGAAGGGACUAGGUACCAACAUCUACAUGGGAUGCCUGGGUAACUGCAUCAACAAAGCACUAGCUGACGGCUCGCACAUAGACAUCGCAAUUUUAGAUAUUGCCAAGGCCUACAAUACUGUUUGGCGCGAAGGUGUCCUACGACAAUUGCAUCAGUGGGGAAUCCGUGGGAAUCUCGGUCUCUUCCUCAAACAGUAUCUUAACAAGCGAAACUUCAAAGUCAGGAUUGGCGGGCUCCUGUCCAGCCAAUUUAAUGAGGUCAACGGCGUACCGCAAGGCUCUGUACUGGCAGUCACGCUGUUCCUCAUCAGCAUGAACUCCAUGUUCGCGACCCUACCCAAAGGCAUACACAUAUUCGUCUACGCAGACGACAUCCUACUAGUGUCUAUCGGAAAAACAAUUGCUCGCACAAGGAUAAAACUACAGUCAGCAGUCAACGCCGUAGGCAAAUGGGCCUGCUCGGUAGGAUUCAACAUCUCCGCACCAAAGUGCGUAUAUACACAUUGCUGCGCAUCACAGCACCGAGCUACGGAUAGACCAAUAAAACUUAACGGAGCAAACAUCCCUUUUAAAAAACAACCAAUCAUACUAGGGGUAACGAUCGACCGGAAGCUAACCUUCAAGCCUCACUUUCAGAAGGUAAAAAAGGACUGCGAAAGCAGGAAAAGGCUGAUGCGCACUAUCACCUCACGUCACAAAAAAUGCAACAGACAGACCGCACUACGCAUCUGUCAGGCCAUCAUACAAACCAGCAGCAACUGGAUCGAAUUAGUAAGCACACUAUCCCCACUGUUCCAUGGAGCGAUUCGAAUCGCUUCAAACUUACUCCCCAGUUCGCCCGCAGAAGCCACAUGUAUCGAAGCCGGCACCCUGCCCUUCCAAUGGACCACAGCAGUAGCCAUCGUUAGGCGAGCCCUAGGCUUCCUAGAAAAGACGUCAGGAAACGACUGCGUACUCCUACAAACGGCCAAGACCGUAUACGAGAAUUUCGCAGGAACCCGCCUUCCGAAACUAGCACGACUAAUCAGAGUGACUGACCGUCUGUGGUUCGAACGCGGCCCAAAUCUGGACAUUAGUCUGUCCCACCUAAUCAAAGUUGGAGAUCCCCCAAGCACUAACUUAGAACGAUACAACCGACUAGUCAAUCGCAGGUAUACCAACCACACCCGACUAUACACAGACGGGUCUAAACUGGAUGAUAGCGUUGGAAUCGGAGUCAGUGGUACCGAACCAGGUCUCGCACUCCGCCUCCCCCCAUCAUGCUCUAUUUUUUCGGCGGAGGCUGAGGCAAUCGUUAUCGCCACUUUAAAAAAACCAGAAAACAUACCCACCGUCAUUUUCUCGGACUCUCUAUCCGUAAUCUCAGCUCUACAAUCCGGAGAAUCACGGCAUCCCUACGUACAGCAAAUCGAACAAAACUGCGAUCCACUCACAACACUAUGCUGGGUACCCGGCCAUUGCGGCAUACGCGGCAAUGAAGAUGCAGACCGUCUAGCCGCCUUGGGCCGACGAUCGCGAACCUUCCACACCAAAAAAGUACCGGCAUCCGAUAUCGCUAACUAUUUCGAAAGAAUAGCCACCGACCACUUCAUAGCGCACUGGCGUAAUCAACCUGGCCACACCCAGAAAAUUAAGGGUUCACCUGACCGAUGGGUCGAUCGCAACAACAGAAUCGAACAAAAAAUACUAUCACGCCUACGAGUGGGACACACCAGAACGACACACGCCCAUACCAUUUCCAAAGUCAGCCCCACCAUCUGCGGAACCUGCAACACCAGAUUAACAGUAGAACAUAUCCUAGUGAACUGCAGAGGAACAGACACUACUCUCCUUCCUCAAGGAAGCCAACCUCCUCGAGUCCAUAUAACACAACAACUUCAUCUUCAACAACAUCCUGGCCCUCUGCCACAUCCAGAACGGAUGAUGGAGAGGAUUCAGGUGGCCACACCACCUGACACCAAGCAAACAAGCCUACCGACAACCGUACGCGAACGAAUACCACCACCACCAUCCAUCGCGGGCCCUCCGCCACACCCGCAAGGGCUCGUGGGGAGGACUCCCGCGGCCCCAGAAGAACUAGGACCAACCAGCACUAGACCAGUCGGCGAAUGA